GCCGAAACCGGAACGCAGAAUAAAUAUGGCGUCGAAUGUGAUGAGGCAUAUUCAAUUGUCAAGCGAUCGCCCGCCUGUCUCUGCAGAUCUAAAUGAGAUAUUAAGAAAACAAGCUAAAAAGAGUUUGUUGGUUAUUGGAACGUAUGCCAAAAAUGAUGAGACACGAUUUCUAAGUGCUAAAAAAAGGGAAGAAGUACGUUUGAAACAAGAAAAGAAAAACAAUGCUGAGACUGGCAACGAAGCUGCCAACGAACUUACUGUUGGAGAUCGCAUCGCUGUUCUCGGUUCUAAUGAAGAAAUUUACUCCAAACAAAGCGUUGGUUUCUUUGAAGCUGUACUCAUGGCGUACAACCAUCACUGUAAUCUACGGACAUCUCCUGACGACUGGUGGUUUUGUGUGAUUAAGAAGAUAGACAUGGCCAUCAAUGACAAUGGCGAGAAAGAGUCUGUUCGUAAGAUGUUUGUGAAUCAUGCUGGAAAAAAGGAGCUAACUGUCAACGUAAAUGAAUGGCCACUAUCUCAAGUGAAUUACUCCUCUUUCUUUGACAAAGUAUCAGAGAAAAUAUCAGAAAAUAUCAAAAUACCAGCGUAUGUGGAUAUUGUGACAGCAGAUUUCUCCACAACAACAGCAGUUCAGAAAAUUGCUUCCCAAAUCACUCUCAUGUCCUCACUACAGCAUUAUUUUGAGUAUACCAUGUGCUGUUCGUGUGGGAUUCCUGCCAUUGAGAUGUUAGGAACUGAAGGGGACUGGAAAAAGCUGAUAUCAGACUUGCAAGCUUUGAAGGUCAUCUUACAACCUAUCAUGGGUGACUUGGGCCUGACUGAGAAGUGGUGGUCUGUAACUGAAGACAUCUUCACAAAGCUUUUGGAUACUUAUCAUGGAAAACCAGACAAAGAGUGGUGGAGUCACAUUAUUAUGCAUAAUGCACCGUUUGGUUCUGGUUUUCACGAGCGUGAUGAUAUUCCCCCAGAUUACAGUGGAUGGAUUGUGGAGUUUUUAGAGGGAAAAGUUGGAUUGAAAAUUCAUAGAUUCACUAGUGGCCUUGUUAAUGUUCCUCUGAAAAUUGUUGAUGGUGUGAAGGGCGUGAUGGACACGGCUGCACUUGUUGCUGGUAUGGCUGGGUUUACAGUACACAAAAAUACUGAAAAUGGAAGACCUUCUGUUCAGCCAUUUCAAGGAUGGGCCCUGAUGCUGCCUCCAAAUUCUCCACUUACAGUAUAAACAAACAUUUUGUUGAUGCAACAACAAUUAUAAAAAUAAAGAAAAACAUUAAUUAAAAUACAAUAAAAUAUGUACAAGCUAAUGCAUGCCAUUAUACAAUAAGUUAUCAUCAAUUAAGUAUUCUUGAAGAUUAGAAGUAACCUCAAGGCAAUUCUUGAUGGACAGUUUGGUUUAAAUAACCAAUGUAUAGGAGACUCUAUACAAUGUGUAUUUUAUAUUUAGCAGCUAAAAUCAACGCACUUAAUGGAGAAAUUACAUAAUGGGCUCCUUGUUAUGUUUAGCAUUUUAUUUUAUUUUUUCUUAUCUUAAUCAUUUAUACUAUUGCAUUAUCACAUAUAUCAAGAACUUUUAAGUUUAAAAACAGACUAUAACUACCAUUAAAACGUACAGACCACAAAUUUGAAAUAGUAAAUUCUUGAUAUGAAAAUGACAAUCUGAUUUUUGUCAGUUCUGCAUUGUCGAUGGUAGUAAAAAUCCCCACGACACUCUGAGGUACCUGAUUGCUAAACCAUAAAUUUAUAAGCUACAAGCAUCCAAACCAACUCUUUGCAAUAUAUAAGAGUUCCCCUACCUUGUGUUAUUCUGAGUUUUAGUAAUAACUAUAUGAAUUUACUUAAUUUGAAGAACUUGAAACAAAGAAAUAGUUAAAA